AGUCCCGACAGGAAGAGCAGCCACGAACGCUGAAUAGGCCAUGUCUGCAGACGAGAAGAUGACCACCACGUCGGCUUUCCCACCGAAAGCGACAGUGGUGCUGGCAGUACUGGUCGCUGCUCUUCUCGCAAAGAUCGUCGUGGCCGUAGCCAGGUGGAUGCGCAUGUACUGGUACCUGCGCAAUGUACCCCAUCCCGAGCAACGUUGGCCAUUCUCACUCGUCAUCGACAUGUGGCAGAGCCUGUCCAAAAUGGACCCGAAUCUGGCAGUGACAGCAAAAAUAUUCAACUAUUUCAAUGAAAUGUUUAAGACAAUACACGACCAGGAAGUGACAGUCGCUUAUUACGGUCCACAGCCUUUUUUCAUCGCUACGACGCCAAAAUCAAUCGAAUCCAUUCUCACCAAUUGCCAGAACUUGAACAAGGCCUUUCUCUACAAGAUGAUGGAGCCAUGGGUUGGAAAUGGCAUGCUGAUUAGUGAAAAAGUCAUGUGGCGAAGCCGACGCAAGGUAAUCACUCCAGCCUUCCACUUCCGAGUAGUGGAUGACCACGCACCAAUAAUGAAUCGAAAAGCCAGAGAAAUGCUCACAAGGCUUGACACGAUUGGAACAGACUUCUUCGAUGUGGUACCCGUUGUACGUUUCGCCACUUUCGUCAUACUGUGCGAGGCAAUCCUUGGUGUGAAAAUAAAUGAAGCUGAGGUCCAAAAGAUGCGGCUGCUUGAAAUAAACGAUGAGAUUGGCGCCAGCAUAAUAGCGAGGAUGAUGAACCUUUUUCACUGGCCCAACAUUAUUUACUGCAUGACGCAGGCUUCGAAGGACUUUAAGAAGAAUGUCAACUUCAUCCACGAGUACAACAGACAGAUUGUAAAACAACGGGUGUCGAAUUACAACAUGGAUAAAGUGAAGGUGGACUCAAAGAAGUCUUUCUUGGACGUUCUCCUGCACGCGCACGUGGUGGAUGGCACGCUAACAGAAGAUGAAGUCAGGAACGAAGUCACAUCUAUAUUUAUUGGGGGGUUUGAAACAACGGCCAUUUCCAUAGCCUACACCCUUUUUCUGUUGGGAAAUCAUCCUGAAGUACAGGCAAAGUUGCACGAAGAAAUUGACGCCAUUUUCGUUGAAGAUGUGGAAAGGGAUGUAACUGUGGAAGACAUCAAGCAAAUGAAGUACCUGGAAUGCGUUGUUAAGGAAUCGCUGAGGCUUUAUCCGCCAGUUCCGCUCAUAGCUCGCAACGUCGACGAAGACAUGAACGUUGGUGAAUACACUGUGCCUAGGGGAUCCGUUGCUGUCGCCGCUAUCUACUUCCUACAGCGACAUCCCAGGUACCAUGAAAACCCGGAUGUGUUUCUGCCGGAACGAUUUUUAAACACCAUGGAAGAAAAUCCUUUUUUGUACAUUCCAUUCUCCGGUGGCUUUAGGAGCUGCAUUGGUCGAAGGUUUGCCGAUUUGGAAGAUAAGAUUCUGAUAACCCAGAUCAUGCGUCGUUAUACAAUAACCUCCAAGCUUCGGAUGGAUCAGCUGCAGCUUUCCUUCGAACUUGUGCUCAAAGCCAUUCAAGGCCUUGAAAUCAAGAUUCGCCCACGUGACAAAACAAUGAAAGAGCGGACGUCGCAUGCGGAAGGUUAUUUAUAAGAAGGCUUCAACCCUAAGCGCGAUUCGUUUGUCCUAACAAAAAUGUAUUUAGACAGUAGACUGGCUUCAUGCGUCGUGCCUGUAGACUGGGUUCUUGCAGACCAAUUUGUCCUUUUAUAAAUAUAUAUUUGUAUAAAUAAAAGCCAUUCACAAUCUAUAUGUAAAAGUUUAAAAGUUGCAUGUUACUUUUUUGUCUAAUUGUACUCUAUAGAAUGUCUGUAAAUAAAAUGAAUGAAUGAAUAAACUUUAUUUGAAGUCC